CACAGCGUGUGCAAGGUUAAUCAUUUAGCCAACUUCUACUCCUCAGGGAACAGAGUGACGAGGCGAGUCACCGAGAUAUGAGCACCUGUUGCAUCUUGAUAUGGACGGUUUGAGGAACGGAAAGGGCGGCGAUGACGAUGAUGGCGGACACACGGUUUUCUCGGUUGUCCCCUUCAGGGACGAGGACACGGCAUUUCCUAAAGUUGCGGGUGAUGCGGAGGGGGAGGAGAAGGACGGAGAAACCCGGCUACGGCGAGGCAGUAUCGGAGGACACGAGGAAGAAGGUGAUGGCGGUAACGACAUGUCACAGGAAAACUCACGCAAAUGGACGGAGUGUUUGUGUUUUAAAAAGGGGCACGAGCGCGACCCCGAGCCCGACCCUGAGGAGUCACGCGCCGCAGUUCAGAUAGAGAAGAAAGCAUGCUCUGGCCUGGGUCUCAUCUACACCCUCCUGGCCUCAGUCUUCUUUUCAGUUGCUGCUCUUCUCGUGAAGAAAAUCAACGGGCUUCACGCGGUGGAAAUCAGUGCAAUCCGCUGCUUUUUCCAGAUGCUGUUUGUCAUGCCAGCCAUGAUCUACUUCAAAAUUGGUUUCCUGGGUCCCCGAGGUAUGCGGGUGUACCUGUUUCUGCGAGGUUUCCUGGGUUCCAACGCUAUGAUCCUGCUGUACUACGCCGUGCUUCAGAUGCCCCUGGCUGAUGCCACGGUCAUUACCUUCAGCAACCCUGUCUUCACAUCCUUGCUGGCCUGGAUCUUCCUCAAGGAGCGCUGCUCUGUCUGGGAUGUCAUAUUCACCAUCUCCACCCUCACCGGAGUUGUCCUCAUAGCGAGGCCGCCCUUCCUCUUCGGGGGUGAGAUCUCAGACAUUGAGAACAACUACGACAACCACUUAAAGGGCACCGUAGCUGCCUUCGUAAGCGCCGUUGCGGUAGCAUGCACGAUGGUCAUCUUGAGAAAGAUGGGCAAGAAUGUGCAUUACUACCUCGCUGUGUGGUAUUAUGCUGUCCUGGGUUUCAUAGAGUGUGUCGUGGUGUUGUUCAUCAUAGAUGAGUGGAAAAUGCCAUCGUGCGGCUGGGACAGGUGGAUCAUGAUGUCCAUUGGGGUCCUGGGUAUUGCUGGCCAGAUAUUCCUUACCAAAGCACUGCAGGUGGAGAAGGCCGGCCCGGUGGCACUCAUGAGGACCACGGACGUGGUGUUGGCCUUCGUACUGCAAUUCCUCUUCCUCAAUCGCAAGCCGACAUGGUGGAGCCUCGGCGGAGCGCUGUGCGUGAUUAGCAGCACCACCGGCGUGGCGAUCAGAAAGUGGUACAACAGUACUAGGCAUAACAGCUGAGUACCAGGCAAAAAAAUCCUCAGUACAUAGAGUUGACAUUUUAUUGUGUACACCUUUCUAGUAGGUGAAUAAUAAAUGGUCUGCAAUUAUAACGGCGCCUUCUAUCCUUAGUGAUUCAUCCAUUCACACACUCACAUUCGCACACCAAUGGCAGCAGUGCUGCUCUGCAAGGCAGUAGGCAACAAAAGUGUAUUUUCCAUACACGCCGAGUUCAUUAGUCGGUUUAUUAUUUACUCCUAGGUGUACGCAACAAACUGGCAACUCUGUACAUUGUCCUACUCUGAUCGAGUAUUCUAAGUGAGAUUUUUUGUAGCUGAGAUAUUCUGUACCAGUUUGUUUGGUAAUUGUUAUACCAAAGAUCCUGGACUUUACCUACAGUACAUUUAGAAAAUUACUUUACAUUUUAUACAUUACAAUAGAAUUUGCUACUGUAACUUUUAUAUAUCAUUACAACCUCUUUAUCAUGUUUAUCAGCUUCAUAGAAUUAACGUUCUAUUUAGGUAUACUUUAUGUAUAUUUAUUUUUCUAAAUUAAACAAGAACGUAUAUUUAUAGAGAUGUAUUAUUAUAGACUGCUGGUCAGAAGAUUAUUCUGAAGUGCUUCUGCACUCGACCCCUGAAGCGGAAUUUUUUUUGAAAUAAGAAAACUGCCAUGAAAUAUCAUGGACACACCUGCUGUAUCUUAUUAGUUUUUAAUUGAGCAAAUAUGAUAUUCUAACUUGUACGAGUUUGACUCGAUGUUAUCAAGCACUUAAACCUUGUCCCAGUUUAGUCUAGGACAACUUACUGCACAAAUGUUAACAAGAUGAAUAUUGAUUUAUGCUUUUAUUUAUUAAUUUAUUGAAGCAUAUUGCACACAAAUUUCACAAAAACAAAAUCAUGCAAUGUUAUUGAUUGCUAAUGUGACAUGUUUUUACCCCCAUUUGCAGUUCGUUCCAAUUAAUAACAUUUGAACCUUUUUUUUUAUUUUUGUAAUUUUUUUAAUGAAUUCGAUUGUAAGAAAAGCUUACCAUGUGUAACAUGGAAGCACUGACUGAGUCAGGGUAAAAUCAAAAGCACUCACUGAUUGUUUAGGGUAAUUCUUAUGUUGCCUUAAAACUUCGCCAUGAUGCAAUAUCUGUUCAAAUCCAUCCAUAAAAUAGUCCAUCCGUUGGUCAUUUAUUUGACUUUGAGUUGUCAGUUUAAAUAAAGUCUGCUAUUGAUUUUAA